AUGAUUGCUCAAAACUAUUUACAAAAUGUUCGUACGCAAAAAGCUUUAUUUUUAUUGGUUCUUUCGGUAAAUCUUAUACUCUGCCUUUUAAAAAUCAAUGACUAUAUUCAUAUAAAUGCGUGGUUUAUGUUUAUGCCACUUUGGUUAUGGAAUAUCCUAGUGUUUUCGGGUUCGCUCAUUUUAUUCCUAUUUAAAUCUCUCAAUUUAACCAAAUUCUGUUUAUUCUAUUAUGUUUAUCAAGUUUUAAUACUCACAUUUCAAAUAUUUCUAUGUAUUAAACUAGAAACAAAUGCAUUAAAUUGGUGUGUAGUCUUUAUACCAAUCUAUUGUUUAUGCGUUUUAGGAUUUUUGACAUUCACAAAAGCGUUUUACGAGUUAACUGUUUAUGAUUGUGAAAAAUUCCUUGCAUUAAAUCUUCCAUGUGUCAUUCUAAUUGCCCUACGUUUAGAUAAUUAUAUUAAUUGGACAUGGGUUGUAGUGUUAAUACCAUUCUGGAUUAUAAUGGGAUUUUUGAUUGUAUUGCUGUUAUUCUUAGUUUGUAUGUUAUGUGGAUUGAGUCGUUUCACUCAGAAAGAUAUUUAUGAUGUUGUUUCAAUGAUCGGAUUCACAUCAAUUGCAUUUACUUUUCUUAUAUUCGUUGCUCUUCUGGUCUGCCGAUUAGAUAACAUUAAACUGUUCACAUAUAAUGAAAUAUUCUUACCAUUAUUUAUUUGUAUUUUGUUUUUGUUGAUUAUGACGAUUUCCACAAAUUGGUUAGUCAGUAAAUUUUGUAGAAAUAUCAAUGGUUCCGAUGGAGGAAAUUGUUUAGUGGAAUAUACCUCUGGAUCUCGGUUAUCAGCAAAUACUUCGUUGGACCCUAUUCAAGGAGGAAAUACAAAUGUUGCUAAUAUAACUGUUUCACGUGACAAGUAUUCAGAAGUUUAUCAGAAUCUCACAAAGAGCACUGCUUCUGAACCAUUUGAAAACAGUAUCGAAACAGUUAUCUCACCCAAUACAGAUGCUCCUUGCAGUAAUUUACUAACCAAAGAAAAACAUUUUAUUCAUUCAAAUAAACUAAACCAACCUAUGAUUAAAGAGAACUCUUUAUCACUUCCGGAUUAA